UCCUGCGCUGCUGCUGGUGUGCAGAGAUUCGGUCCGGAGAACAGCAGACCAAAACAGCGGUCAAACCUGACACUUUUCAUUUGACACCUAUAUUCAAGACGCAGAAUAAAUGGGAAUAAUGCAUCCCUGGUUCAAACAGAUAAGAGAUGUCCGCUCUUUUACAGACUGAAUGCAAAGCAAAACAAUUCGCCACAGCCAGCCUGUCUCUCUGUCCAGCGCCGUGCUCGGUUUUUCUUUCUUUCUUUCUUUCUUUCUUUCUACUAUUUUUAACUCUUCCGCUACAGAUCCCUCCACGACCAAAUUUUAAAGGAUUCUUAAGCCACAGAGAUGGGUGCAUUUCUUGAUAAGCCAAAGAUGGAGAAGCACAAUGCUCACGGGUAUGGAAAUGACCUGCGCUUUGGUCUGAGCAGCAUGCAGGGCUGGCGCGUGGAGAUGGAGGAUGCGCACACUGCUGUCAUCGGUCUGCCCAAUGACCUCGACCCCUGGUCUUUUUUUGCAGUUUAUGAUGGGCACGCGGGAUCGCAGGUGGCACGUUACUGCUGCGAGCACCUCCUGGAUCACAUCAUCUGCAACCCUGACUUCCUGGGAGGAGACCGCUUUGGGAAUCUGAAAGUGGAGCCCAACGUAGACAGCGUGAAAUCCGGAAUCCGCACAGGUUUCCUCCAGAUUGACGCUCACAUGCGGCUGAUCUCAGAGAAUAAGCACAGUGGUGCUGACCGCAGUGGAUCGACAGCCAUCUGUGUGAUGAUCUCGCCCAGCCACAUCUACUUUAUCAACUGUGGAGACUCGCGGGGGCUGCUGAGCCGUGGAGGGGCUGUGCACUUCUUCACACAGGACCACAAACCCAGCAACCCACUAGAGAAGGAGCGAAUCCAGAACGCUGGAGGAUCCGUGAUGAUCCAGCGUGUGAAUGGAUCCCUGGCGGUUUCCAGGGCUCUGGGGGACUUUGAUUAUAAAUGUGUGCACGGUAAGGGUCCCACUGAGCAGCUGGUGUCGCCGGAGCCUGAGGUUUAUGCUAUCGAGCGUUCUGAAGCAGAGGACGAGUUUAUUGUUCUUGCUUGCGAUGGGAUCUGGGAUGUGAUGGCUAAUGAGGAGCUCUGCGAUUUUGUUCGUUCACGGCUUGAGGUUACCGAUGAUCUGGAGAGGGUCUGCAAUGAAAUUGUAGAUACCUGUUUGUACAAGGGAAGCCGUGACAACAUGAGUGUUGUGUUGGUGUGUUUUGUUGGUGCUCCGAAGGUCUCCUCCGAAGCUGUAAAAAGGGAGUUUGAGCUUGAUAAGUACCUGGAGAGCCGAGUAGAAGAGAUUCUGAAGAGGCAGGGGAACGAGGGUGUGCCAGACUUGGUACAUGUGAUGCGCACAUUAGCAUCUGAGAGCAUCCCUAACCUUCCACCUGGAGGAGAGCUGGCCAGCAAGCGGAGUGUAAUUGAAGCAGUAUACAACAAACUUAACCCAUACAGGAACGAGGAUACAGAUCCAGAUAUCCUUUUCUUCCGAGGUUUCAUCUAGACACUACGCCUCUCCUAUCCUCUCCUCUAGUUUGUGACCACUUACUGUAAAUUUUUGCAUCCCAUACUUAAUCUCAUUGGAUAUAUCAUACAUAUGAUACAAACAUUUGGCCUAAACAUGACAGUUUUUGUUCUCAGUAAAAUACAUAGAAUUAUUUUUUUUGUAUCUCGUAUGUAUUGUGGCACUUUCCAGGUGUAUUGUACACUAGAGGCGCUACAACAACAGUUAUAUAUUUUCCCUUUAAUGCAAGUAUGUAAAAUGGCAGAUUAUUAGUUUAUAAACACAUACUUUUUGCUCUGUUCCUCACACAAUGCUAUUUUAUAACAUCUAAACAGUUUUAUUAAUGCAUGAGUGGUCAGGUGAUAGAUUUUAACACUUUCGCUGCAAAGGUUACGAGUCCAGAAAAGCACACGACACAUGAGCCAAAAGGGUCUACACUACGAAAUGAUUUAGUUGCUUCCGCAAUUGCAUUUUUUGUGUCCCAUAUUACGCUAUCAGUUAUUCAGGAGUAGUCAUGUUUUUUAUACAUUUUUAUUUGUCGAGUGCUUUUCACAACACACACAAUUUCAAAGCAAAGAAAAUUAUGCUGUUACAGAAAACAAUGCUUUAAUGUAUGUAAUGUCUUAAAGUCCUCGUUGGGCAGUUAAAUGAAAAACUUGAUUUAAAGCUUUCAAAAUUAUUUGUCUUUAGGCUUCCAGUGAGCAAGCAAAGACCAAGGCAACUGUGGCAAGGAACCCAAAAGUCCAUAAGAUGGUAAAAAAAAUAAAAACCUUGGGAGAAACCAGGCUCAGCUGGGGAAGCCAGUUCCCUCUUGGCUAUACAGCAUGAAUAUAUUGCCAAUAUCAGUUACCUAUGUGCAAUAUAAUCAUGUAUUAAUUGAGUGAACUGGGUAGAUGUUGGUGGGCAAUGUUUAAAACUAAAGGAUAUUGACUGAACUGUAAGAUUAAUGAUUAAGUGUCUUUGAAAUCCAUCCCGAAUUGAAUGUGGACGAUGAAGGCAGGUAGGUGGCAUUCAUUUAUUGUCUAAAUAUUCCGUUUCAAGAAAGUGAAGUGCAUUCUUUGUCUGGCUGGAAACUUGUGGAUAGAUUGCUAUUAAACAUAACACCCAAGUUCUUAACGGUAGAAGACGAUAUAACAGUACAUCCAUCAAGAAAGAAAAAAUAUAUUGUAGCUUCUUAUUUUUAGAGGUUUUUGGUUCAAAUCAGAUUGUCAGAAUUGAGUAGAAGGAAAUCCAAUUUUGAUAUAAUUUAUACACACUGCUAACUUGGAGAUCUGGGAAAUUUCACUAGGUCUUGAAGAUAUAUAAAACUGAGUAUCAUCAGCAAAUCAGUGAAAACUAAUUCCAUGUUUUCUGAUGAUGUCUCCCAAGGGAAGCAUGUACUAGGAGAAAAACAUAGGACCUAAUACUGAGUCCUGUGGCACUCAAUACUACUUCUUGAUCUGAAAAUUAAACACAAACAAAGUGGUAGCAGUCAGAUAAAUAGGACCUAAACCAUGCUAAUGCUUCUCAAGCCUUUCCCAGAGAAUGUUGUGAUCUAUAGUGUCGAAGGCAGCACUAAGAUCUAAAAGCACUAGUAGAUGAUGCAGCCACAGACAGAUGAUGAGAUCAAGUCAUUUGUAACUCUGCUAAAUGCAUUCUCUGUGCUAUAAUGGGCCUAAAUUCGACUGAAAAUUAAAAAAAUACUAUAGUUAGGACGACACUACCUUUUCUAGUAUUUUAGACAUAAAUAAGAGAUUUGAGAUCUGUCUUUAUUUAGCAAACUUUCCAGGAUUAUGCUGUGGUGGAAGCUUGGACGUUCUGGGGACAUGUCCUAAAUAUAGUGAGGAGUUAAUAAUAUUGAGAAGAGGUUCUGAGAUUACAGGAAACACCUCUUUCAGUAGCUUAGUGGGGUAUAGGCUCUAGCAUACAUGUUGUUACUAUUGACCUAACUGCGAAUGAUUGAAGUUACUCGAAGGGAAUACUAUGAGAAUAAUUCUGAAGUGCUGUGAAGGUUGCAUAAUUCUUUUCUUUUUGAUGGUCUCUAGUUUAUUAGUAAAUAGAUUAAUAAAUACUUUAUUACAGUGCUAUGACACUCUAAUUUUGUACUGUUCCGCUUGCGUUUCAGUUUCUGAGCUGCUGUCUUAAGAAAAUGAGCAUGAUCAUUGUACCAGGGCAGUACAAACAAUGGGGGGAGUUUAGGGUAGGAAGGGUAGGUUUUGUUGAUUUAUAACUUGAUAAAACAUGAAUCUUAAACUUAACUGCUUUUCAUCUUAAAUUUGCUUUUUAUGACACUAUCAGUCAGGUUUAGGUUUAAAAGUUUAUUUAGAGUUGGGGGGUUGGUUGGUUUUAUUGAUUUAAACCAAGCAUCUUAAAAACCUCAUCUAUUUUGGAGAAUAUUUAACACACUUUUAGCACCACACAAUUGACAUUUCACCUUAGAAAUGCCACAAUACAUGCAAUGAAUGUAAUUUUGCAAAAAUGUUGCCACAGUCGCACAAUUUUCAUGAAUUGUCACGUUGACAACAAGAGAAUACUGGGUUUUCAUUUCAAGCAAAUAUGGAAAUCUUUCCUUUUUAGCUUUCUAAAUUCAAAAGGCAUUAUUCUUUAUAAUGAACUUCCCCCCACUAUGAAGUGUGGAACAGCCCUUUAAAUGCAUAUUAUUAUACAAUAAUUGACCAUAAAUCAGGGAACAACGAUGCAUAGCCCAUCAAACGAGACAUGAAACAAGGUCCACAAGCAGAGGGUUGCUGUACCUGACACAACAUCUGAAGCAGAGUUUGAUAGGUGUUAGAUGUGAUGCCAUUUUGUGGUAUGUUGUAAUGAGGGCUCAGUUCAUAACCAUCAGAGCAGAUGUGGGGCUUGUGAAGGGACCAGUCCACAGUGAAACUCUCUUCAUGCAGCAAGAGUCUUUUCAUUGGUGCUGAUGGUGAUGAUUAUCUAUUCAGGAUUCAGUUAUUUUAGAACAAACCAGAUCGGCUACAAAUAGAUCCAUCUGUUUGAUGUUAUAACUCAGCUUAAACAGUAAAUGUUGAUUCCGGUUUUUGUCCUCUAAUUCAAGUGCAGGUGGCAACUAUUCCAGUUCCAAAUAAGUAAUAUUCUGUUACACAAGGCAAUGCUAUCUUCUGUUUAGACAUAAGAUUGUCGGAACAGUACCGACAGUCUCCCUUUCUGUGUAUGGUGCUGAAUAUUUAAGAUAACUGAAUAAAGAUUCCCUCUCUCACUCACUGUUUUGUCAGUUAACCUAAAAAAUGUACUUCAUGUGGUACCAUUUGGAUACACCAACAUGAGUCAUGUCAGGUAAAAAGAGCACUUUAUGG